AUUGGUAGCUAUCAUCGCGAUUAGACUAUAGAUAUAAAGCUGCAAGAGGAUUGUUAUUGGCAGGGGAGGAUUCCCCAUCGACCACAAGUUAGAAUCAACACUCUUCCAAAAAUGUAGUACUGUCAAGUCCAUGCUUCCUGAUUGAUUACCCCAACUGGGAUCACAUGGCCCUCCGCAGUCCAUAAAAACAUCUGCUCUUCAGCCCUUAAUCAAAGCCAAAGCUCCUUCCCAGCAGACACGCACAGCAACAAAACUGGUCUGGUUUCCACUGAAUUGGAUUUCCAAUGUCUACUGCGGGUCUUGUGAUUCCUUGCAAAGCUGCAGUUGCCUGGGAACCGGGGAAGCCGCUGGUGAUGGAGCAAGUCGAGGUGGCUCCACCGCAAACCAUGGAAGUCAGGAUCAAGAUUGCAUAUACCUCCCUUUGCCGUACGGAUAUCUUCUUCUGGAAUGCUACGGAGGAUUCCGCAUUGUUUCCUCGUAUAUUUGGCCAUGAAGCAGCUGGAAUUGUUGAGAGUGUUGGGGAAGGGGUAACCGACCUUCAAGUCGGUGAUCACAUCCUCCCUGUAUUUACGGGGGAGUGUGGGGACUGUAGCCACUGCAAGUCAGAGGAAAGCAAUUUGUGUAACCUGCUGAGAAUAAACCCUAGCAGGGGAGGCAUGCUCAGUGAUGGCAAAUCUAGGUUUUCCAUCAAUGGUUCUCCCAUAAAUCACUUUCUUGGUACAUCCACUUUUAGCGAAUACACCGUUGUCCAUGCAGGCUGCCUCGCGAAAAUCAAUCCUCUAGCUCCUCUGGACAAGGUCUGCAUCCUCAGUUGUGGCGUCUCAACAGGAUUGGGCGCAGUUUUAAAUGUGGCAAAACCAAAAAAGGGAUCAUCCGUUGCCAUCUUUGGGCUGGGAGCUGUUGGCCUAGCUGCUGCGGAAGGUGCUAGAAUUGCUGGGGCAUCAAGAAUUAUUGGGGUCGGAAACCCCAAGAGGUUUGAGCAAGCCAAAAAAUUUGGGGUAACUGACUUUAUUAACCCCAAGGACUCAACCAAACCAGUUCAAGAGAUCAUUGCAGAGAUGACAAAUGGCGGAGUUGAUAGGAGUGUGGAGUGUUCUGGUAACAUUGAUGACAUGAUUGCUGCUUUCGAAAGCGUUCAUGAUGGAUGGGGUGUGGCUGUGCUAGUCGGAGUGCCGAAAAAGGAUGCAGUUUUCAUGACCAAGCCUAUCAAUGUGCUCAAUGAAAGAACACUAAAAGGAACCUUCUUUGGUAACUACAAACCACGGACUGACCUUCCUUCUGUCGUUGACAUGUACAUGAACGAGCAGAAAUUGGAGUUGGACAAGUUCAUAACCCAUCGAAUCCCUUUCUCUGAAAUCAAUAAGGCCUUCGAGUUCAUGUUGAAGGGAGAAGGCCUGCGGUGCAUCAUUGACAUGGAAGAAUAAGGUCAUGGAUGAAGAACAAUGGCAGUUGCAGCAUCAGAACUUUCUAUAGUGUGCUAGAGAAUGGAAGAGUCACAUAUUAUGUAAAGUUCAGCAACUGGCUGUUUCUGCAGUGAAUAAAAAUCAGAAGUAUAAUACUUUUUUUCCCAGAUUAGAACUGGCAGUGAAAAAAAUCAAGAAUGAUACUCUUCCCAGAAUAAAAGCGGGCUGAUUUACAAUUGUAUGUAGUAUUUCUGCAUAAUUUAGCAAUUGGGUGUUCUGCAAUGAAUAAAAGCCAAAAAGAAUAAUAAUACUCUUUUCCCAAA